CAGAAUCACCUUAAAAAAUCACAAAAGGCGAAAAAUGGAUAAUAAUGGAAGUCGUCCCCGAGUGAAGACUGUCCCCUCGGUAGUAAACACGGAGUUGGUCAUCCAAGGUCGUCACUUCGCCUCGUGCCCUCAACCACGCCCUUAGGAAGAUGUGGCAUUGUGUUUGAGGAUGUCAGCCUUGUAUGCGUGGGGCGCCAACAGCCACGGGCAGCUGGGCCUUGGCUUUGUCAGUGAACAGGUCACUAUUCCGACGCGUGUGGAGGACUUGCCUGACCACAUAAAUGAACCGUCCAUCCGCACGGCUGUGGGCGGAGGUGGCCACACCUUCCUCCUCACAGCUCAGGGCCGCCUCUUUGGGGCAGGAUGGAACGCCAGCGGUCAGGUUGGUGAUGGGACUCAGGUGCGAGCGGUGCCAAUGUUCCAGCUGAUCCGGGGGCUGGAGGGCCACCACAUGGUUGCCGUGGCUUGUGGGUGGGCGCACUCCAUAGCCCUCAGCCAGUCAGGCCAAGUGUGGGUGUGGGGGUCAAACAGCCACGGCCAACUGGGACUUCCCAAGGAUGAGGUGCCUUUCACAAGCCUUCCAAUCUGCCUGGACCUGACUAACGUGGUGAGCGUGUCGGCCGGCCUGCGUCACACGGCGGUGGCCACGCGGGACGGCCGGGCGUACACCUGGGGCCAUGGUCACCGGGGGCAACUUGGCCACAUUGAUAGCGAGGGGCAGCUGGUGAAGCAACAACCCACGCCCAAAGUGGUGGACCAUGUGGAGGGCAAGGUGAUGAGUGUGUCAUGUGGGCAGAGCACCACUUACGCGCUGACGGCUGAGGGUCAUGUCCUGGCCUGGGGCGACAACAAGUGGGGGCAGCUGGCGCAUGACCCAAGGAAUGUUGCAUUUUUCACCUGCCCCCUGACCAUCCCACACAACUACUUCGGCGGGGAGCGCGUGGCCUGGCUGCGGGCCGGAUGGACGCACUGUGUGGCUGGCGUGACCUCGGGGGCCGUGUAUGUCUGGGGGCGGGCAGACUACGGACAGCUGGGGCCCUCGGAGGGGGAGAAGGACGACUCGAGUUCAGACACAGCGGUCAAUGAGACUCUUCACCACAAACGCUGCAGGUACAUCCCAAGCCGGCUCAGCGUCAACAAGAGGAUACGGAUGGUGGUGUGCGGGUCUGAGCAUAACCUGUCCAUGGUGGGGAACGCGGGGGAGGAGAACGCACUCCUCACGUGGGGCUGGAAUGAACAUGGCAACUGUGGGGACGGAACCACCACCAACAUACACCAGCCCCGGGUCAUCUCCCUCCCCGGCCACCUGCAGAUCAUUGGGGCGGGGUCGGGUCACUCCUUUGCCCUGGUGAAGCUGUUCUAGUGUUGGGUCGUUUUUGUUUGUCUUUUUUUUUUUUCUCUCAUCUCCUUUAUUAGUUUUUUUUUGUCCUUUUCUUCCUUCUGUCUCUUCUUUCUCUUCUUUUUCUUUCUUCAUUUUAUUAUUAUUAUUUUUUUUUUUAGUCCUUUUCCUUCCUUCUGUCUCUACUUUCUCUUCUUUUUCUUUCUUCUUCAUCUGUGUCUUUUUUUGUCUUCCUCCUCUUCCUGUCUUUUGUUUUCUCUUCUUCUUCUUUAUUAGUCCUUUUUUCUCCUUCCAUCUGUUUUUUUUGUUUCUUUCUUUCUCCUCUUUAUCCGUCCUUUGUUAGUCUUCUUUCUUCUUCCUUUUUUGUUUUUCCUUGUUCUUCUUUAUCUGUUUCCUUUAUCAGUUCUUGUCCUUCCUCCUUUCAUUUGUUCUGCUUAAGCUAUUUUUGUUUUAUCAUCUUUAGCAAUUCUCCUUCUUCCCUUUUUCCCCUUUUCUGUUGGUCUUUCAGAAGUGAGAUUCAUUACCUUAGCCUCCUCUCCCUUUUGUUUUAGUUUCCCCUUUAUCUCUCGGCAAUUAACUUCAAAGGUAUGUUCAUUAACCCCUCCAACACUAGAACGUCCCAUCUCAGUUGUUCUCGGGACUGACAAGGCCUCGUAACACUGAAACUUCCUCCCCCCUAACUUCUGACUUCUCCCUCUCAUUCCCCCAUUGAUUCAAGACAUGGAAAUUAUUGAAGUCAUUUUAUCUGUUUCAUUUGCUCCCUCAUUCCCCUAUUGAUUUAAGACAUGGAAAUCAUUUAAAUCGUUGUCGUUUUAUAUUUUCCCCCCAUUGAUUCAAGACAUGGAAAUCGUAAAGUCUUUGUCGUUUUAAUUUCCACUCGCUCUCCCUUUCCCUAUUGAUUCAAGAAGUGGAAAUCAUAUAAGUCUUUGUUGUUUCAUAUUCUCCACUUUCUUCCUCAGUCCCCCAUUGAUUCAAGACGUGGAAAUCAUAGUCAUUGUCGUUUAUCAUUUCCACUUGCUUCCCCUUCCCCUAUAGUUUUCUCUGCUGUUCUUUAGCUAUAUGUGUGAAGAUCUUUAAGCAUUCUCAGGGGGAUACGGUCCUCUUGCCCACAGAUAUUGUUUCGCCUAUGGUACACAGUGACGCCAUUUGUUAUUAUUAGAACGUUUGAUGCUAAGUGAACUGACUCGCUUACGCUUCCGAAACUCCUCUUUUAUAUUGUCUCUUAGGGGUUUGUCAGACUAUAGCAAAGUUUUAGAGGGACCUGUCACGAGGGUUCUCAUUUAUUUUUUGUAUACAGAUGUUUGAGUUAUUCUGAAUAUAUUUAACUUUUAUUCCAUAUGGAUUAGCAACAUUGUGUAAUUGCACAUGCAGAGGAGUAGUGUCAGACUGCUGUUGUACUUGACAUUAUCUUUUGUGUGUGUUUGUGUUUGUGUGUGCAUGCAUAUGUGUGUGUUUGUGUGUGCUUGCUUGCAUGCAUGAAUGUGUGUGUGUGUGCUUGCGUGUGUGUAUGUGAGUGUGUGUGUGUGGGCUUAGAAGGAGGGAGAGAUUAAUGGUGCACUAAUCAGUACUUUGUAACCAUGUGUCGUUCAUUGCAGGGAAGAGGUUUGUUUUCAUCAAGUCAUUCUUACGUCUGGAAACUUGUACGGUUGGACCAAUGAGGGUUGCAUCAUCAUUAGGAAACUCGGAAACUCUCAAUUUUUUCUUUGAACAUGAAACCCAAAACUUGUAGGUUAUUAUUGUUUUCAGUUUAUUAUUGCAAUGGUUAUUUGUGAUUAUGCAGCGGCAUGCUGACAAAUGUGACAACAAUAUUGUUGUACAUAACUACAUUUUUCAAUAUAGUAUUCAGCAGACUUCAGAUUCAUGAAGUUGAGAGCUAUUUUCUUAGUUACACAUGUGAACUCGGAAAGUAUUCAUGACAUUUUCAUUCAUACAUGUGCGGGCUAAAAGCUUUAAGGAAUGUCCAGCUUCAAGGAAAGGACAUUAAAAAUUCAGCAGCCACUUCAUCAAUCUCCUCAGCCUUGUUCUCAGCACACCAAAGGCCUUGUAACCCUUGCUCACCAGUGUGUUCAGCAGGGAAAGAAAUUAUCUAGUUUGGUAUGCGUUCCCUGGAGCACACACACACAAGCGGAUCAUCUUGUGCUUUGUCAAGCGUGGUAAUGAUAGCAAAAAUGUCAAAAUGAAAACUCUUAUGUAUUCUUACAAAGAGCACAGACAUGCACAACCAUUGUGUAAAAUUUUGCUACAGUAUUUCAACUUCUUUUGUAGUUUAUCAGCAGCUCUCUGAUUAGAAGUAAGGAAAAUUUUGAUAUGUCAUGACUUGUUUUGUAGCCCGUGAGAAAUUUGGGAAUUAGCUGUAAGGAGUUUUCAUCUCUCAUCUCGGCUGCAUGAUGAGGAGCGGCCACGCUGCUGCCUGUACCUCAGACACGGCACCUUGUUAGCCGCCAAACACCUGUGCCGGCGUGCUGCAGUCAUGGUCCCAGAACUUGAAGGGAGUGUGGCCGUGUGUGGCGUUUGAAGUAUAUUAUUGGGUGAUAUUUUUUAUGCUUUCCAUUGUUCAAGUCUGGGGUCUCCCACCCACUCCUCCACCCUGCUUGUCAUUGUAAAGGAUGUCACGGUGGCUGUGAUGGCAGGCACUAGACUCCUUAGGUGAGGGGAAUGUGCUCUUGCUGCAGGAGUUCCUUGUGUCUGAAUCUCAGGGUUCUGGAGGAUGCAGGGGAAGCUGCCGGCCCUCUGCAUGGAUUGAACAUGUGCCUCCACUCCCACACUACACCACUGUCAUUGUUAGUUGACUUGUCAUAGGAGUUUAAGAAAAGGUUCCCAUCAUGUUGAAAACUUUUCUGGUUUCCUUGUUUUCUUCCUCCCCUCCCCUGCUUUUACCCCAUAAGUAUUCCUCAACUGUCAUUUCAUCCAAUUGUUGAUCUCCCAACCACCUAACACCUUGAUUUGACCUUCAUACACCCUUACCACAUGUCUAAGGUACCCAACACUAUGCUUCCCUCAGUCUGUUUCUUACCUCAUCCAUAUUAACACGUGUCACUGUGGGGCUGGAGGCAGGUUUUCUACUGCACCAGGGCCAUGCAGAGGUGGGCCGACCCCUCGGUGUCCGGACAAGUUAGGGUCCCCUGGCAGUCAUGUACUUGUGUGUUCGUAACAGGAACCUUGGACUGUGUCGUGUUCAUGAUUAGGCCACUGAUGCAUGAUGAGUCUUGUCUCUUUAUAAUGGCUAAGGAAAAAUAUUUUGACUUUGUAUUCAUUCUUGUAUUUAUACAUAGUGUGCCUGCGUGUUCUGUAUGUUUGCUUGCGUGCUUGCCGCUAGCCAGUUACUGUGCUGAACGAGCCCUCUAGCUACUGAUAAGAGGAAAUGUACUUAAAAUACUUUAUUCCCGAAGUAUAUCAUGAUCAAUCUUCUCAGUUGAUCCCAGCAUUGUUUUGGCUUGUACCUGUAAUCAGCACUCCUUUAUAACCUCCAAGUCAUCAUCAAAGGCAGUCAAAGUGGAUUCUUAUGCACACACUUUUUGAGGAAGUCACUGAGGCAUCCACUGCUCUCCCAGACUCUCCCUCUAUCACGUUCAAGCUGGUUCUCUAUGUCUCUUGUCCUCACUCGCUCACUUGAACUCGCCAAUGACCAGAGCCUUGACUUGACCUCCUCAGUCUCUGCAAUAAGUGAGGCAUUCAUUGAGCUUCAUCCUCACUCAUGAAACCUUGAUCUGGCACCUUUGGCAUCUCUUGGUCCUGCUCUGGCUCCGUAAGUGACAGGAGCAUCCCUUCUAUGGUCUCACGUUCCCUGCAAUAAGAAGGUGAGGCGUUCCAAUCUCCCCCUCACUCAUGAACCUCAUUCGUCACUAGUUAUCUCAUCGUCACAUCUGCCUCACCACCACUGUGCUAGUUCUCCAUGUGUUCAGACUCUUACGAUGCCACGUGACCCGUAGUGUAGCUGCUCACUUAGUCAGGAGGCCACGCGAGGGCAUCGUUGGUGUGCCCCACAGCAUAGGUGAUAUAUACCCACUCUAUAUAUACAGACAUAUAUGCUUAUUUUCUCUCCAUCUAUUCAUAGCAGAUAAGUUUACUACAUCCACUCUGUGAGGAUUGUUCAAGAUGUGUUCAGUUGGGAGUUGUGUUCGUGUCGGCCACUCGCCUGUCCCCGGCGGCAGUGACGUCCGAGUAUGUUUUUAUCAUUGUUUUGUAUAAUUGAGCUCUGAAUUUAGUCUAUGAGAGAAAAAGCCUACCAAGAGUUGUUGAGCGUUGAUGAUAGCCCUGCGUGGCGGUGCGCUGCGCCCUGACGCACCGCACGGCUGGUUACCUUCACCCAGGGCGCCCCACCCAGGCAUGUGCUUCUGACCACACACUGCACCUCAGGCCUAAAGGAAGGUGGCAUUGUUCUCUGUGGCAAAUGGUUAUCCUGCUUCCUGUGUAGUUAUUGGCUCGGUCACCUCACUCCCCCUGACCUGUGACCUGAGGUGGGUGUGUCGUGUCCCUGUGUGUGGCGGUGCCUCGGGUGGUCAUUGUUGACCUCAGGAAGAUGCAUCUUGCUGUGGAUAGGAUGUUUUUGAUAUAUAUACAUACACAUAUUUAUGAUUCUCAAUUGUAUGGAGAAACAAUGUAUAAUUUUUUUAGGAAAUUUCAUAACUAUGUUUUUCAAAUGUGCUGCUGGAGCUGUUGACCGGCAGUGGCUUGGUGGCCGUGUGGCUGCCGUUGUCGCAGGUCCUCGAGUCGUGCAUUUGCUGCUCUCCUUGUUUGAGCUGAACUGCCUGUAGCUUUGUGCAGGGAGUGAUGUAACAACCCUCUCACACACGGGUGAAGGACAGGCCCGUGGAUGCCCCAAGACCUCACUAGCACCUCUGGAUGGAGUGACGUGCAUAAAGAAAGUCUCAUCAGGUGUUCAUGUGGUUGGUGAUGCAGCGCCGCCUGUGUCAGGGAACACCUCUGCGGCUCUCCAGGUUUUGCUUCACCAGUCACGUCAUGGCUCCCCGUGGGCACCAAGAGGAGUGUUCACAUCACUCGCUGCACAGUGAUAUUAUCCCAGGCAUCACUAGACAUGCCCUUCCUUGCACUUGUUUGUUUGCCAUAAUUUAGUUGCAUUGCCAUUUUUCUGUGUGCCUGAUUCAAGCUUUAUUCUAAUUUUUCUUACAAGCAGUGUUACUCUGCUCUCAGGUCUCUGCCAGACAAUCCAUGUCAAGUGAUGUUUGCCAUUGAGGACACAUGUAUGUGGACUACCAUUACCUUUGGGCCACAGAUCUGGGUGACAGCUUGGUGAAGGGCCACAAACUUUGGUCAGCCGGCACAUGCAAUAGGGCUGCUUCAUGUGCUGUGUGGCUAACUAUGUACGAUGGAACAACAAGAAUUAACGUGUGGUUGUAGGUGGUAAUAGAGUGCCCCUAAAAUGCCCCUCAGUGGAGUGUAUGUAGCCACCACCACCUCCACCUCCUCCACUGGGUUUUGUGCCUCGGAUAUCAGAGAAAGGAGACUUGUUGAUUUUGAUGCUUUAAAGAGUUUCAAUAAUUUUUCUUGCCACUUAAACUUUGUCCUAUAAGAUACUACUAGAAGUGAAGUGUAUCAAAUGCUCAGUGUGUUUUGGAGACCGGAUUUUGUACUUUGUGCCUCCUGGGUCUUUACAAGGGCAGGGGUUUGGGUCCUCUUAGGCUGGAAGAAGUCUUAGGUCAAUUAUUUUUUUGUGGAAAAGAGAUGGGAACUUUCUUUUGUGACAUUGAACUGUAAGAAGAAUGCAUUUGGGAAUAAAAGGGAAGAGCA